UAUGACGUUGCACAGCAGUAAAAGCACUCUCCUUCGAGGCGUAAAUUUGCCGACACUUUUUGUUGAAUUUGAACAUGAUAUAUAGUGAUUGAAAUUUAAAAAAUUGACACGAUAUGAGAUUAGAAGAUAAAAUUUCGCGGUAAAGUUGACUUUCGCCAUCGCGAUACACUGUCGCUACACUGUCCCAGUGUCAAGGUAUAUUGCAUACGGUAGCUGUCAUAUAUACUGUAAAAAAGACUUCAAAUAAUGAACUAAAUUAUGAUCCGCAUAUUGAGAGUGACGGGACGUUUGUUGGUGUCUGACCAACGCUGCUUCUCUAAGAUUUUUAAGAGAGAAUUUUUAACGGAGGAGAAGUCCGAAUCUUCUCAACAGGAUCCAUGUCUCACAAAAAAGGCGUCUCUCUACAUUCACUGGCCUUACUGUCUCAAGCGAUGCUCCUACUGCAACUUCAACAAGUACAUCCCUAAAGACGACAAUGGCCACAUAGUAACCCAGUGUCUUCAGCAGGAGACAGAGACAUUACUACAGCUCAGUCAAGUGUCCUGCAUCACUUCUGUGUUCUUUGGCGGUGGGACCCCAAGCCUGGCACACCCUUCCACUGUGUCUGCUGUGCUGGAAACGGUCUCCAGGUGUGUGGGUCUAGCAGACGAGGCUGAGGUCACACUGGAGGUCAAUCCAACUCCUGAGGGGAGGUCAAAGUUGAAGGAUUUUAGACAAGCAGGGGUGAACCGUUUCUCUAUUGGGGUGCAGUCUUUGCAGGAUGACGACUUAAAACUCCUCGGCCGAGACCACAGCUCUCAUCAGGCUUUGCAGGCCAUCGAGGAGGCUCGCAGGCUGUGCCCGGGGAGAGUGUCAGUGGAUGUGAUGUUCGGACGCCCCGACCAGACCGUGCAAUCCUGGGAAGUAGAGUUAUCCGAGCUGCUUAUGCUCUGUGACGACCACGUGUCCCUUUACCAGCUGACCCCAGAGCGAGGCACCUUACUCUUCAAACAGCUACAAGGCGGCGAGCUGGCAUUGCCCGGCGACCAUGACAUGGCGGAGUUGUACGAAAGAGCCAGGGGGACACUGCGACAGCACGGCUUUGAGCAGUAUGAGGUGUCCAACUUUGCCAGACAUAGUGCAGUAAGUCAUCACAACAUGAACACCUGGAAGGGAAGACAAUACAUCGGUGUGGGUCCAGGAGCACACGGCCGUUUUGUUCCUCUGGGUGAGGGACGCGUCGACCGAGAGGCCCGCACCCAGACGCUGGAACCCGACGUGUGGAUCCGUGAGGUCCAGCAUCGGGGACAUGGGACCAGGAGGAGGAUUCAUCUUGGACGCCUUGAAGUGCUGGAGGAGGCCGUGGUGAUGGGAUUGAGGAUGACAGAGGGCAUCACUCACAAGCACUGGCAGCUAUUCAGUCCACAACUGGCCCUCUGUGACAUCUUUGGCUCAUCUGCUGAUGUCCGAGACUUCUUCCACAGAGGCCAUCUGAUCCUUGAUGACAGAGGUCUGCGCUGCUCCUGGGAUGGUUUGGCCUUAUUGGACAGCAUGCUGCCCGCUCUGCUGCUAGAACUGGAGAUACAAAUCCCCUCCGACAGCUCAUGAUGGUAGCGUUCACAAACACUUCCAUUAAGAAUCCACUUAUUGAAAUGAACUUUAUUAAGAUUGGAGUACAACAAUGGCGUCACAGUAUCGUCCCUGGCAUCUUCAGAGGAACAGGAAUAUUAGCGAGAUAUUCUGCUAUGUUGGUGAGAAUGUGUGUGUGUGUCAGAAGCCGUCAUGACGUGCAUAAUGAUGUCUUAAUUAUUCUUUCUCAGAGAACGUGCAGAGACACUUAUUAAAAUGUCAAGACUG